UCUCAUUUAGUUUUAGGGGAUCUCUGUUUAGGUAUCCAUUUUACUACAACACUUGUUGCUUGAUCAGUGCGUUACUUUAAGCAGUUGCAACAAGACGUGAACAUUUUAAGAAACUUUUCAACUUCUAAAACAUAGAAAAAGCAAAUAUGGGCAAUCCAAUCUGGUUUAUAUUUUGGUUUUUGGUAUUUUGGUUUAUCUCAUUCUUUUUAGCUUUUAUCUGUGCUGGCAUCUAUAUUAUUUUGCUAAUUUUUGUAGUUUGUUUCCCCGGUUUAUCGUCUAUUACCGAUAUUCUACUGCAGUGCAUACAAUUUCCUCAGUAUUGUGCCAAGGCUAUGAUGGAAUGCAAAUCGCCUUUCUAAAUAUAUUUAAAUCUUGAAGUCUACCAAAUUUCUGUUAAAU